AUGAAGUCGACAUAUUCCCUCGUCAGCCUCAAGCGCUGGUCAUGCAAGAGCAAGGAUAUUCCAGGCAUAUCCGCUGUCAAGGCCAUCCACGUCUACGACUUCGACAACACCCUUUUCAGCAGUCCUCUCCCAAACCCUCAGAUAUGGAGUCCGCCUGCGAUCGGAAUGCUUCAGGCUUAUGAGACACUGGCAUAUGGAGGAUGGUGGCAUGACGCUAGCAUCCUCGCUGCAACAGGAGAGGGCAUCGAAAAGGAAGAGCCUCGUGCUUGGGAGGGAUGGUGGAAUGAGACCAUCGUACAACUCGUCGAGAUGAGCGUGGAGUCCAAAGACGUGGUCACUGUACUGCUGACCGGGAGGUCAGAAACCAAUUUCGCCGACCUGAUCAACCGAAUAGUCAAUUCCAAAAAGCUCGACUUCGACUUGGUCGUGCUGAAGCCGGAAGUAGGUCCUUCUGGCCAGCGGUUCGAGUCGACCAUGAGCUUCAAACAAGAAUUCUUGAAGGAGUUGGUCUUCACAUACAAACAGGCGGAGGAGAUUCGAAUUUACGAAGAUCGCCCGAAACAUGUCAAGGGUUUCCGCGACUACUUUGAGCGCCUGAACAAGUCGUUACUUUCCCAUCCUACAGACCAGCCACCUCCUCCUCGAAAACCGAUCAACACCGAAGUCAUUCAUGUAUGUGAACUGAGAUCGGCCCUCAACCCCGAGACCGAGGUCGAGGUCGUGCAACGAGCCAUCAACCGUCACAAUCAUGCCAUUGCCACCGGUGGCCCGAAUCCGACCAAAAGUGUCCGGAAACAAUUGAAGAUUGUCGAGCAAUUUUCAUACUUUGGGUACCUGAUCAACCAAAGCGAUUCCGCCCGUCUCAUCACCCUGUGCAACGCGUCACCGCACCAGAUCGAUUCGGGCGAGGUGCGCCUGCUCGCUUCCAGCAUCCUCAUUACUCCAUACUACCCUCGUAAAGACACCCUUAAGAAGGUUGGCGGGCGCGGGAAAAAGGUGACCUGGCAAGUGACUGGCAUUGCCAAAUUCGAAGAUCGUAUCUGGGCAGCUCGAGUGGCCCCUGUGACCGAAACCCAGAUCUACACCCAAGAUCCCACGCCUCUCGUUGUCCUUGCCAUUCGAAAAGGUUCCCGACAAGUGGAUGCGGCGAGGAUUCAGAACUGGCAACCGGUCGCUCCGGAGAAGGCAUUCAUGUUUGAAACCACUGUCGGCGACAAGGUCAUGUUGAGGAUUGAGGAGGUCGAUUACCCCGUACAUCAGUCUGCUUCUGUUGGAGCACGAAAGAAUCAAAACAGCUUUGAGGCCGAUGGUGGUCACAAGCGCAAAUACGUCCCAGACGAUUCGGACAACAGAAACAAGGAGAAUUACGCUCGUGUUGCUGGUGGUGGCGGGGAUCGGGCCGAUGGAGCUGCUUGGCCUGCCAAACACGGAGCCAACGCUGGAGGCGGAAAGUUCUCACAGCGGAACUACAUCAGUAAGAGUCAGUUCAACAAUCGUGGUAACCCGAACGCGUCUGGUGGAGGUCGAAAUAGCCACAACAACAACAAUAAUCAGGGUCAGAACGCCAACCCGAGACAACGUGGUGGUGGUGCCGGCGGAGGUUCAGGACCAGCCACUCGAGGAAGGGGCGGCGGCGGUGGAGGCGGCGGCAAUCGAGGCCCAGGAGGUUACAAGAGUCUAGAUGACUACGGAACGGGCAAUUAUGACGGGACGAAUGAUAUGAAGCCUGGGUCGGGCGAGAUGGUGAUGAACUAUUGA